AAUGCCUUGCUGCUGAAAUGUGCUUUACAAAUAAAGUUUGAUUGAUUGAUUGAUUGAUUUGGACUUUUGUGAAGGUCUAGAUACUGACUUCUAGCUUUUUUUGCUUUGUUUUUUUUUCUUUACAGCUCAUACUAUGGCGUUUCCAGCAGAUGGAUCCCCAAUGUUGGAGGGAUAUCAAGACAAUGGUAAGGAUCAUGGUAAGGUGUGGUCAAAAGAAACUGACAUGGUUUCUGAAGACCACAGAGAGGGGUUGAGGUGUAAUUCACCUCCGCAGUCUGUGGACUGUAUUACCAUCUCCAGUGGUAGCUCUACUACCAGCGCCAGUGAAGACAAGGUAGGUAAUGCCUGUAUUAUCAGUUCCAGCGGUAGCUCUACUACCAGCUCCAGCGGUAGCUCUACUACCAGCUCAAGUGAAGACGAGGUAGGUAAUGACUGUACUACUAGCUCCAGGAAAGACAAGGAUGAUAAGGAAGACCAGGAUGACUUUAAUUCCAGACUUCGGUUUGUCCAGGUCCUUUCACCAAACAUUAAAUUCCUGUGGGGCAUAGGAGUACUUGAACAGUCAUUGAAACAUCUCAAUUCGAAGUUUGAUCAGCUGGGCUCCGCUGAGGACCGUGCCAGUGCCGCGUCACGGCGCUGGCACGCUGAGAUUCUUGAGAUUCUUCCCCAAAAUUUCAAAUACAUACAAGACAUUGGGGUAGCUCAGAAGCCUCAAGAAGACACGGCUCCCUUCACUUCACUUGAAUUCACAUCUAAACUUGACAAACAGGAAGAGCCCAUUUUGCGUCCAGAGAUCUCCAGACCUAUCGGUACCUCGCAACAUCGUCAAGUAGGUUGGAAAAAGGACAGGGCUUCUUUGACUUCCUUCCGCGCCAGGAGCACUACACAGAAGGUGGAUGUUGCGAAGGAGGACGACCCACCAUCAAAGCUUAGUUUUGGUACAGUGCUUCCUUCCAGCUUUAAAUUCACAUCUGAACUUGACAAACCGGAAGAGCCCAUUUUGCGUCCAGAGAACUCCACACCUAUUGGUACCUCGCAACAUCGUCAAGUAGGUUGGAAAAAGGACAGGGCUUCUUUGACUUCCUGCCGCGCCAGGAGCACUACACAGAAGGUGGAUGCUGCGAAGGAGGACGACCCACCAUCAAAGCUUAGUUUUGGUACAGUGCUUCCUUCCAGCUUUAAAUUCACAUCUGAACUUGACAAACCGGAGGAGCCCAUUUUGCGUCCAGAGAACUCCACACCUAUCGGUACCUCGCAAUAUCAUCGAGUAGGUUUGGAAGAGGAUGUGGCUUUGUUGACUUCCUGCCGUGCCAGGAGCACUACACAGAAGGUGGAUUCUGCGAAGGAAGACGACCCACCAUCAAAGCUUAGUUUUGGUACAGUGCUUCCUUCCAACUUUAAAUUCACAUCUGAACUUGACAAACCGGAAAAGUCCAUUUUGCGUCCAGAGGACUCUAGUCCUAUCAGUGCCUCGCCACAACCUCUGGCAGGUUGGAGAAAUUUAGUGAGUUCUUUGACUUCCACCCGCGCCAAGAGAACUACAAAGAAGGUGGAUGAUGCGAAGGAGGACGACCCACCAUCAAAGCCUAGUGAUCAGGUAGGUCUGAAAGAGGACGUGGCUCAUGCGACAUCUGCAACUGGCAUAAACGGAAAGAGGGAAAAGGACAGUGAUGCUGAAGAGCAGCCCCCAGCCAAGAGGACUAGGGACACCUUUGCUGAAGAGGAGCUCCCCAACAAGUGGACCAGGGAUAGCGAUGACGCUAAAGAGGAGCCCCCAGCCAAGAGGAGUAAGGACACUCUUGCUGAAAAGGAGCUCCCCUCCAAGAAGACCAGGGACAGUGUUGCUGAAGGGAAACUCCCAGCCAAGAGGACCAGGAAUAGUGAUGAUUUUAAACAGGAGCCCUCUGCCAAGAGGAUCAGGGACAGUGUUAAUGAAGAGGAGUCCCCAGCCAAGAGGACCAGGGACAGUGUUGCUGAAGAGGAGUCCCCAGCCAAGAGGACCAGAGACAGUGUUGCUGAAGAGGAGCCCCCAGCCAAGAGGACCAGGGACACUGUUGCUGAUGAGGAGCCCCCAGCCAAGAGGACCAGGGACACUGUUGCUGAAGAGGAGCCCCCAGCCAAGAGGACCAGGGACACUGUUGCUGAAGAGGAGCCCCCAGCCAAGAGGACCAGGGACACUGUUGCUGAUGAGGAGCCCCCAGCCAAGAGGACCAGGGACACUGUUGCUGAAGAGGAUCCCCCAGCCAAGAGGACCAGGGACACUGUUGCUGAUGAGGAGCCCCCAGCCAAGAUGAUUAGAUACACUCUUGCUGAAGAGGAGUUCCCAGCCAAGACAGCACAGUGGUACAAUGAGGAUCCCAUUUGGGGCGAGGUCCUUGAAAGAAUCGGCAGAAGGAUGGCAUGGAGAUAUGGUAAAGAAUGGGAGAACGAGCCCAUUCCGUCAACCCCUCUGUUCAUUCCCUACCGAAAGACAGACCAUGAAGAUCCUAUUCUGUUAUCCCCUGUCCUCAGUCCCUCACCACAGACAUCUUGUGGGAAUCCUGGUCUGUCAUCCCCCGUCCUUAGACCCUCUUGUAAAAUGCCACGUAAACGUCCUGUUUUGUCAUCCCCUGACGUCAGUCCCUCACCAUCGACGCACUGUGAAGAUCCCGUUUUGUCACCCCGUGUUUUCAGUCCCCCACCGAGGAUGCCGUGUGAGGAUGUCAUUCUGUCACCCAGUGUUUUCAGUCCUUCACCAUCAACACACUGUGAAAAUCCAACUUUGUCAUCCCCUGACUUCCGUUUCUGGAUGGAGACUGAAAAGGACAUAAAAGAGGAACCAACACCUUCAACAUCUGGUGGAACUACAGCAAAAGAGAGUUCCAGACACGUGUGGUUUAGACCUCGCUACGUUGUGUCAAGUGACUCUGAUUAGAUUGGGAUCCGUAGAAACUGAAGACCCAUUUCGGAAGUCACAUUAGGACAUCAUCAUUUCUCAGUUUUUUUAAAAUUCUUAUUAUUAAAGCCAGUGGGUUUCUAGCAAACCUGUCGAAGCCUUAGGUAGCACCUUGCACCGGGGCUUUUCUUUAUCCCGCUGCUAGAUGUAGCAUUUUAGAUGUUGAGGAUUCUGGCAGGACUCAGGAAUCCUUAGGUAACGCCUUGCACUGGGGUUUUGUGUCUUCCUCUCAUCUUCCCUAUGUUUCAGGGUGAAAUAGUGGUUCUUCCCCACGCGGUUCUCUCCGAUAUUUGUAAAUUAUUCUAUUCUGUUCCCCCAGUAAUCCACUCUCCAAGUUUUUAAUCUUUCAGGUUUUAGCUGGUCAUCGUUGGAUCCUUUUGUCGUCGUCCAUGUGGUUCCUGUCCUUCUGGACUCCUUGUUUUUCACACUGCUUGUUGGAUCUCGUCAGCCUGUAAUCCUCCACCUUCAGCACCACCAGUCAGAUGGAGGAAGAUAAGAGAACCCAGUUGACAAAAAAAGUAAGAAAGCUUAUUUUUAUUUUAAAUGUGGAUGAAAUUGAGGUCGAAUUCCAAAAUUGUUCUUUCUUCUGUCCAAGUAUAUUCUAUUUGUUAACCCUAUUGUCUUUUCUCUGGAUUUCAUUUCUACAUCAACUCAUGGCACAUGACUUGAGUUGACCGACAAUUAAAGCAGAAGACCAGCUCCGCCUUGAAUCCUCCACCUUCAACACCACCAGUCAGGUGGAGGAAGAUAAGAGAACCCAGUUGACAAAAAAAGUAAGAACAUUUAUAUCUACACAACAUGACUAAUCAUUUCAAAUAUAGCUGCGGAGAGCUGAGCUGAAAGUUAGAAACUGUUGCUGCCUGCUGCCCAUGCAUAUUUUCCUCCUUAACUUUAUCUUCUCUCUUUAUUUCAUUUCUCUGUGAACUCAUGUGAUGACUGGAGUUGACCAAAAAUUAAAGCAGAAGAUCUGCUCCACCUGCUGAUCUGCUGGUUGUAACAGAUUGUGGGAAAGCAUCACUGAGACAAGACAACAGCACUGGACCAAUCAGGCGAGAGAAAACAGAGAGGACUGAGGACUAAAACAAAUAUACAAAGCCUGACAAGGAAGGCAGACGAUCCAGUGGCCCCAAGUUUAUACACCAUCUCAUGUAGGAGCUUUUACUUUGGAAAUACCCAUGAAGAUGCCAGGCUGCCUGUAGCCACUUCCUGUGAAUCCACUAAAGUAAUAUUGAGCCUUAUUUGGGUGAAGUUACCUUUAAAAAACCAACUAUGAGGACGUUUUUCCCACCUAAGAGAGAAGGAGCAGAAGAAGAAUGAAUGACUGUUACAUGACAAGUGAAUCUAACACGUACUGCAGGUUGAUGACCUUUGACCUGUAGCACAGACACGCGUCUCUGAAAGCGCUGCAGGAGUGAUGAGAUCACAAGGAUGUCACAAUUUCUUCUUUUAGCUCAUCUUUUGAGGCAGACUCAGAUGGAGAAGUGGAAUAAAAAGCAACAGUGGAAACGGGUCAAACAACGACGAAUGAGGAGCCAAUCACUUUCAAACUCACACUCCGCCUCAACCCUCCUCCCGUCUGACAGACACCAAACAAUGAGCCUCCUUCAUCGCUAUAGAACCUCCUCACCUCCAUCACUGUCAGGGACAUCCUGAAGUGACUGGCUGAGGUGGAUGCAGACACUCUGAGGGUACUCGGAGCUGGUAGAGUGAGUUGUUUUCCAGAAGAGUGUUCUGUGUGUGUGUGCGUGUGUGUGUGUGUGUGUGUGUAUGUUUGCAGGAACUACAGUGACUCUGCCCUGCCGUUACGACUACACCCCUCAGGUCACACUGUGAGGUGCGUUAUGUGGUCACCACACCGACCCCAACCAGAUCAGCCCUUCCAGUCGCGGACGCACGUGCUACACCAGAGGAAGCGAUUCGCCUCAGAUUCAGGGUGUGAAGCUGGGCGAUGCGGGCCAGCAUCACUUCAGGUUAGAGACAGACUGACCGCUGGGGAGAUGGACCUCACCUGACACCAUUACUCUGGAUGUAACAGCUCGACUCUCCUGUCAAUGAAAACAUCCAUGACUCUGCAAGCGGACAGCAAGAUUUCUGGUGCCUGGCUGGAGACGAGAUUCUGAUUAUUCAAGAGCCAAAACAAAAUGUCCCAAUAAAUAGUUAUUGUUUUCUAUUUGUUAUUGUUUUCAUUAUUAAUGGUCCACAACACAAAAUUCAUCAGUGCUGUAACUCUUGAGUUUAAUAAAAUGUUCUUCUUUCAA